AUGACCAUUACUCUUUACAACAUAAAUGGGAGUCCACCCUGCAACUUAGUACGCUCACUCGCCAAGCAUUUGGGCAUUGAGCUGAAGCUCAAGAAUUUGGACGCAGCCAACAAGGAGCACCUCAGCGAUGAAUACCUCAAGGUCAAUCCUUUCCACAAGGUUCCUGCGAUUGAUGAUGAAGGUUUCAUUGUGUAUGAAAGCAAUGCCAUCGUCUACUACUUGCUCCGGAAGUACGCCCCGGAGUCGGAGCUCUACCCGGCUUGCAUCAAGACGCGCACUCGCAUAGACCAAAUUCUCUCUGCAGUUGUCACUACAAUCCACAAUGCAACAAUAGACACCUUCCGUCCUUUGAUCAGUCGGAAGACCAAGCCGACGACCGAAGAGAUUGCGGCAUUGGAAGAGAAUAUCGUCAGAGGGCUAGAACACCUGAUCGGUGACGGCAAGUUCGCGGCUGGCGACAACUUCACCGUCGCCGACAUGGCAUUGACCGGACGCCUCCCUGUGGCACUCGAGACCAACUUUGUCAACCCUUCGAAGUUUCCCAAGCUGGCAAGCUACUACGACCGUAUAAAGCGCGAGCAGCCUUAUUUUGAGGAAAUUUACAAGCCCGCCAUAGACAAGUUCAAGGGGAUGUUGGCUGAUCUGAAAUAGUCUGAGACACGUUAAUAAAGUGCG